AGGACCAGAAGAGAACAAGAAAGAAGACAGAAAGCAAAAGAAAACACACAGAACAAGGCCAACGAAAAGCACAGUUCUCCCCUACCUAUCGUCUUUUCUACAACCCAUAGUUUAUAACCCCCGAUAUGGCGCCUAAACUCCGCUUCGUAACUGACAACCGUGUCGUGAAAACCGACGCAGGUGCCCGGAGCAUUCAAGUCAUCUGUGCUGGCCUCCCACGAUGCGCGACCUCUUCAAUGCAGGCCGCGCUCGAGGGGCCAGUGUUGGGCUAUGAGCCCUGUAUGCACAUGGCCCACGUCGCACCGCAUGCAGACAGACUGCAGCUUGCAAUCGAGGCUAUGCAAGAGCUGGACCCGAAGAAACGGCAGAAAAUGAUCCGGCCAUUGUUCACCGGGUAUGCGGCAACGGCGGACUUCCCUGGCAUCUUGUUCGCGGAUGAUCUGAUGGAUAUGUAUCCCGACGCCGUUGUGAUCCUGAAUCUGCGUGACGACCCGGCGGCCUGGGUCAGAUCGUUUGACGAGACGCUGUCCUUCUUCUACACCAACACAUAUCGCGCCUCCACCUUCCUCUGGAGUGCCGACCGCGCCCACUACAACGUCCAUCACAUGGCGAGACAGGUCUUCGCCACGCGGCUCGGCUUCGACGCACCGCUUCCCUCGGUAGAGUUCUACCACGCUUAUAACGACUGGGUGCGGCGCGAGGCCACGAAGCGAGGGCGCGUGGUAUUGGAGUGGCAGGUUGUCGAUGGGUACGAGCCGAUCUGUAGAUUCCUGGGCAAAGACGUGCCGAAGGACGCGGAGGGCAAGGUGCUGGAGUUCCCGAAGGUGAAUGAUGCAAAGACCGUGAAGUUUGUGCAAAAGUUCUUGCUCUUUAGGGGCCUGGCGAGUUGGAUCUUGGUUGGAGCGGCCAUCUGGGGUGCGUGGACGUAUGGUGGAAAGGUAUUGCCAAGUUUCGUAAAGGGAGGACUUGACUUGGCAUCAAGGUAGUCAAGACAUUGCCCAGGACUGAAUAGACAGACAAGAGAACUACUUCUGUCACCCUG